AUGUUUGUUAGAAGCUCAAUUCACUAUGGUGCAUCGUUAGCAAUCGUGGGUGCAUUUUUAACUAAACCUUCGCAAAUUUUCAAUGAACCUAAACGUAGAUUUUAUGAAGAUGAAUCGGACGUUAUUCCAGUUCCUGGUACUGUGACGCCGGCUCCAGGCACAGAAAUAGAAACAUUGGGACCAAACUUAAUAGUUGAUGGUAUUUCUGUGCGUUCCACGAGCACACUUGAAUCAUAUUUCAGAUCUAUUAGAGAGUCAGCUGUUCAAGGGAUUAAUCUGGUUCAACACUACAUGAACCAAGGAUAUACUAAAUACAAUGAAACAGAAAGACAAGUGACGGAUACUAUGACCGAAUUACAUUAUAAAUCUGAAGAUCUUUUACCAAACACCCUUUACAUAUUGAUAGCAACUAUGUCCGGUAACAUCAUGGCUCGUCAAAGGGGUCUCAUUGCAAAGACUACAUUCCCUGUUGUUUUGGGGUUGGCAUCGUUCAGAUAUUUCUUACCACAAACAUUCAAUAAUGUCACUGGAUUUGUUUGGAACUUGGAAAAGAGGACUUUGCCAGAUUUGGCCGAACAACAACAAUUAGCACUCGCAAAAGCAGACAACUUUAUUCAAAAUGUUGAAAAGUCAUCGCAAAGAAACCAGAAGCGUUUAGAGGAUGGUACUAAUUCUUUAAGAAAAUCCAUUGCCCAAGUUACUGGCUUGAAUUUAGAUGAAGAAGUCUCUAAAAAGUAA